AUGAAUGCUCAACUUAUGCAACACGGUCCCCCAUAUCCUCCCUCGGGAGCUGGCCUCGGUGGUCGUCCCACAGUCGCGGUCGACGUGCCCAUCUCGUCCGUCUUCAUCGCCCUCUUUCUCACGUCUGCCAUCCUCAACAUGACGAUCCUCCAACUCAACAUCCGCAGCGGCCACAAGUUCAUCCUCUCGGGUGUCCUCUUCGGCUUCAGCAUGGCCCGCAUCCUCGCCAACGUCAUGCGUAUCGUCUGGGCCACCAAGCCCACCAACGCGUCCAUCGCCAUCGCGGCCGGCGUCCUCACCAACGCCGGCGUCGUCCUGCUCUUCGUCGUCAACCUCAUCCUCGUUCAGCGUCUGCUACGCGCCUACCACCCCUCCUUUGGCUGGAGCCGCAAGGUCGGCCUCGCGUUCAAGUUCCUCUACUUCGCCAUCGCGGCCGCCAUCAUCAUGGUUAUCGUUGCCGUCGUCUACAGUUUCUACACUCUCGACCCCAAAGCCAAGCUGCGCAUACGCGAGGUCCAGCUCACCGGCGUCGUCUUCCUGGCCGUGCUCGCGUUCCUCCCCAUCCCCAUCGGCCUCGCCGCCGGCCUCAUCCGCAACAAGAACCCGGAUGACAUCUCGUUGUUCUCCAAACCCACCUACUGCUACCACUGUGAACGUCAGGAGCCUGCGCGCGAGCCCAUCGGCCAGGGCAACCGCCAGGGCGUCGCCACCUCGCUCCGCUUCAAGCUCGGCCUUGUACUCUUCACCUCGGCCCUGCUCACCCUCGGCGCCGCCUUCCGUGCCGGCGUUGCCUUCUACCAGCGGCCCGCGACCAACCCGGCCUGGUUCCACAGCAAGGCCUGCUACUACUGCUUCAACUACAUCAUCGAGAUCGUGGUUGUCUUCACCUACGCCCUGAUUCGAUUCGACCGUCUCUACCACGUCCCCAACGGCAGCAGCGCGCCCGGUCACUAUACCGUAACGGAUCCCAGUUUCGAAACUACGAGUGGGCGUCCCAUGACCGUUGCCCAGCAGCAGAGAGCAAUGGAGCGAGAGGCCGACCUUCAACGCGAGAGUGACAAACAGGCUGCCUAG